UUUCAUUCCUUUCUUAAAAUUCAGGACAUGCUCUAUUAACUUUUCUACCACGAUGUUAGGUUUUAAACAAGGGAGACACGGAAAACAUGGGUACAAACCUCUUUCACCCGAAGCACUCGAAAAGCAGCAUAGACGAGAACAUUUCAUAACUUCCCCGAAUGUAAACGUCGAGAAGACUUUGGGUCCACGAACACGGAAAAAAGGUACUCUAGCAUAUUGGCUUUCAUCACUUCGACUCUAUCUAUCAAGAGAGGGGCCAGCACUCGGACCUUUACCGUCGGGUGUUGACGAUUUAAGAAAAGAACAGGCCCAGAACCAUCAGUUUUCACAGGUCAUUCUAGCAUACGAUCUUCGAGCAAUUGAGCUGCAAAAUCGUUUACUUCUCAAGCAUGUAUCUCGCAAACAGACAAAAAGCGAUGAUGAGAGACUGUCUAGAGAAAACACGCCUGAACACACAGAAGACAACGUCUUCGACUUUCGAACGCCGCCCGGGUUGAAUAACUAUCCAGCAGUCGAUAAAACUGACAGUGACGAGAGUUUUGUCUUGAUCUUCCCGAAAACCGGAGAACAAGAAAUAGCAGCCAAAAUGGUGCCUACAAACAUGAAGGCUCAGCUGACAAAGGAUAAGCAUAAAGCGUUCAUUCAAAAUCGACCAUUGGAAGGAAGCUCUAAAGACUUGUUGCACGAGAGUACAGAAGAUGAGGAAGCAGGUGGUGACAGCAAGCAAACCCUCGGGAGAUUCGACCAAGAGGGACGCAUAUCGAACUCACCAUCAAGCAAACUACCCCGGACACCGAUUCCAACCCCUCCUAAAUCAGGGUCUAGCACGAGCUUAAUUGCACAACUGCGGGAAGCUCAGCUUCAGCCAAAGCAAUCACCGCUUUCGAAGAAGGAUUUGAGAAGAAACUCGAAAACAGCAGACGUGAACAAAAAAUACUAUGAAGGGUUGCAGCUUUCUAGGAAGUCUAAUCACCCUGGCCACGUGAAACUCAUUUCUCCCGCCGAAAAGACCACAAACCCCGCAGGGACCGUUGGCACAGAGGAACGUGGGGCCUCCGAAUCAUCCAUCCCAGCAUCUAGGUUGACGAAAGAGUUCACCACUCCAACGUUGGACCCGACCAACAGACCCUUCUUUGCAUCGGGCCAGCGUAUUGGUAUGGAGAGAUAUUCCAUGCAGUCCGUGGAGGGCACAAGCCAAGAUACUUCGACGAACGACGUCGUCGUUGGCUUCUCUCCGGAUGAAGAUGCUUUCGAGCCACUAUUGUCCAGGGCAAACAUCCCAAAACCGCAGCAGAAAUUACAAACUGCUGACAGCAAUCACGGAGUGGCCACGGACGACGAAGAGCGUGUCGUCUUCUUCGAUUUGGAAGAUUCCAGACCUAGCAGCUCUGGAGGUGGUAGUCUUCUCCAUCGUAGUUCCAGCAGCAUCAGCGGAAGCAUCAAGGCUCUUCGCUACUCUAGGAGAACGGGGAAGAAGGAUCACCAACGCUAGUGAGCCGACCCAAUUCACUAGAGCCACUGUCUCUAACAACUCUUCUAUAAUCACCAUCAGAUGUCUGAAUGCUUAUCGAACGUUUUAGAUAAACAUCGUCACCCCCACACACGAGAAAUGCCGCCGAUCGGCGUACCAACCAGGAAUCGCGGCGCAUUGUGAUAAUUGCAGUGUGGCACAAGCGUUUCCUCUGGGCGGUAGUGAAGAUAACGACAGUACACAUACACGCAGACAUGCAUGAGGC